UUUUGAAUUGGAGGGGAGUGGAUUUCAAUGAUGCAAUUUUUUUUUGGUGGUAGACGAAAAUGAUAACAUCAUUGCAUAAUUGCAUUGGACCAACUUAACCACCUUCUUCACUCUCCCUUCUCUUCCUCUCUCUCUCUCUCACCAACCGAUUUCACAUGAUUCCUCUUCUGAAAAAGGGAGCUCCACUUCUUCUCUUUCUUCCCACUACUGCAAAUUCAAUGAGAAACUUGGCAGCCUCUCAGUAGGGCAUUUGGAUGAGUGUACAGAAACUCAGAAAGGGCAGUAGUAUAUAUAGAGAUCAGAGGUUUAAUUUAGUCUCUUCUUGUAAAGGGAUUUGGGGAUUUUGGAGAUGGGGUUUCUGAGAAAUGGAGGUUGCAACCUUAAAAUCUUGGAUUUUGGUUUGAGGUUUUUUGUGAUUCCUGUCACUGUUGCAUCCAUAUGGCUGACUAUCAGAAACCAGCAGAGUAAUAGUGACUAUGGGGUGGUGCUGAGUUUAAGUGACUUCAAGGGACUCCAGUAUACGGUUGCUGUUAGUGGUGCAUCUUGUGGAUAUGCCCUUUUUACUGCUGUGGCCUUGUGGGUCAGAAGUUUGGUGUCUAAAGCAUGGUUCUUCUUUGUUUCUGACCAGGUUAUAGCAUACUUGAUGGUAACAUCAAUGGGUACAUUAGCAGAGAUGCUUUAUUUGGUGUAUCAUGGUGAUCGAAGGGUGACAUGGAGUGAAGCCUGCACUUCUUAUGGGAAGUUCUGUGACAGAUUGAAACUGGUUUUUGUUCUCCAUGCCAUUGCCCUCUGUUGCUUCAUUGUGUUAGCUGCAAUCUCAGCAUUCAGAGUCUUCAGCAGAUAUGAUCUCCCCUCUGAUCCCUCCAAAGAAUUUGAGGAAGAACAGAAAUGCUAAACUUUUCGAUUAAUUCAGUCGCUUUUCGAUUCAUCACAUGUCUGCUUCAACUUGAUAGCUCUUAUAUCAGGUUUUGUAUGUACAGUGUGAGAUAAAAUCUGUUGUGUCAGUGCUAGCUUAGAUCAGAUCAGAUAUGCGGCUUUAUGGAACACUUGUAAACCCACUGUAUUCUUGAAGAAAAAUCAAAUAAAAAAGGAUGACACUUUUAGAUCA